AUGAAGCUCUUCAUAGCAUUUUCGGCUCUUGCCGUUCUGGCAUCUGAAGCCAUCGCAACAUCUAAUAGCAGUCGCCCCAAAGGUUUCCCUUAUACCCAAGGCCCAAACUUCAUGCUAGAUGGCGAACCAUUCCUCUUCGCCGGGAGCAACGCGUACUGGCUACCGUUCAUCAAUAAUCCAGCAGACGUCGAGCAAACGAUGAAAGAAGCUAGACGGGCGGGUCAGAGAGUAAUUCGUACCUGGGCCUUCAACGAUCAAAAUGAAACAUAUACUCCCGGCGGCCUUCCGCAAUACGGAGAAGGUACUCCCGUGUACUUUCAGUCGUGGAAAGACGGCCAAGCGACCAUCAACACGGGUCCUAACGGUCUCCAAGUUCUGGAUCAGAUCGUCCAGCUCGCGGAAGACCACGAUCUCAAGCUCAUCAUGGCAUUGACAAAUAACUGGGCCGAUUACGGCGGGAUGGAUGUCUACACCGUCAACCUAGGCGGUACAUACCACGACGACUUCUACCGCGCCCCUGAGAUCAUCGCCGCGUUCAAGACGUACGUUGGAGCUGUAGUAGAGAGGUACAAGGACUCCCCGGCGAUCUUCGCCUGGGAACUCGCGAACGAGCCUCGCUGCGGUGCGGACGGGACGCGGAACCUGCCUCGCUCGCCCGGCACCAGCUGCACCGCAAGCACCCUGGAAGCGUGGUACCGCGACACAGCGUCCUUCAUCAAGAGCGUGGACGAGCACCACAUGGUGACCUGGGGCGGCGAGGGCGGCUUCUUGGAGGAGGGCGCAACCGAUUGGGCGUACAAUGGGGCCGACGGCGGGGACUUCUACGCCGAGCUCGCGCUGCCCGAGAUGGACUUUGGCACCUUCCACCUCUACCCGGACUGGUGGUCCAAGUCCGUCUCGUGGGCCAACACCUGGGUUGUCGAUCACGGCGUCGCCCAGCAACGGUUGCAGAAGCCGGUCCUCUUUGAGGAAUACGGGUGGCUGGGUCCUGCGGAGCGGCUCGCGAAUCUGGGCACAGUGGCCCCGGAAAACGAGACGAGAGUCGCGGUUGUGGGGGAGUGGCAGAAGCUGAGCUUGGAACAGGGCAUGGCGGACAUGUAUUGGCAGUUUGGGCUGUGCGGGUUGAGCUUUGGGUGUAGUACCAACGACGGCUUCACGAUCUACAUGAACAACGCGGAGGAGGCGACGCCGUUGGUGUUUGAUCAUGCGCAGGCGGUCAAUGCCGCGAAUAGCAAGAUUCAGCCGGCCUUGUAA